AUGGCUGAAAAUAAAACAGACGUUAAUAUAAAGCCGCCUAAGCAAUUCUUAAUAAACGCCAAUGAAGAUGUUGCUAAGGCGUGGAAGUUGUGGCUGCAGCAAUUUGAGUGGUAUGCCAUAGCUACAAACCUAGAAGAAAAAAAACCAACCGUGCAAGUGGCAGUAUUCAUGGCAUGUAUCGGACCUGACGCGGUGGUUAUAUACAAUACGUUCAAUCUUACAAGUGAUGAGCAGUUACAAUUACAAACCAUUAAAGACAAAUUUACAAAGCACUUCACUCCAAAGAUCAACGAAUCAUAUGAAAGGUAUAUAUUUAAUACCAUAAUACAAAAAGAGGGCCAACCAUUUGAUGAAUUUCUCACAGAACUUAAAAGUAAAGUGAAAAAUUGUGCAUAUGGUACUGUAGAGGACAGCCUAAUUCGUGACAGAAUUGUAGUAGGAGUAAGGAGCGACUCCCUUAGAGAGAAGUUGUUAGCUGAACAAGACCUUACACUGCAGAAAACAAUUGACCUCAGCCGCUCAGCGGAGCAAGUCAAAAUGCAAGUAAAAACUAUGAAGCAGGCUCCUACUGUAGAUGCGGUUACCUGGAACAGUAAAAACACAAAUAUUAAGAAAAAAGAAGACAACACCAAUAUGAAUAAUAAUAAGAAAAAAGAAGAUAAAAGUGAAGAGACAUUUCAUUGUGGUAGAUGUGACACUAUGCAUGGCCGGAGAAAUUGUCCUGCUUUUAAGAAAAUAUGCCUGAGAUGUAACCGAAGAAACCAUCUCACCAAAUGUUGUAAAAUAAAAACUGUGGAUUCGCUUCUCCAGAAUGAUGAAUAUGAUAGUGAAGACGGAUUCAUGGUGUCAUCAAUAGAUAAUGAUGAUGAUGUGGGUAAAGAAGACUGGUUUGAGCCAUUAACCUUACCUAAUGGAGUCACAGUGAUGUUCAAACUGGAUUCAGGCAGCCGGUGCAAUGUCAUUACCCGAGAAAUAAUGGAUAGAACAAAAUCACAUCUCAGUCCAUCGACAACCAGAUAUCUGACAUCCUAUUCAAAGCAUAAGAUGCAAGUCUUAGGCGAAGCCAAACUGAUGACUAUUAGUAAAGGACAGCAAAACUUGAUUAAAUACUAUGUUGUUAAUGAAAAUGUGUCACCAAUUCUUGGCAGGAAAACAUGUGAAAAAUUAAAUUUAGUCAAGAGAAUUGAUGCUAUUACAAUAAAUGAUGACUUGUUUGAAGGAAUUGGUUGCCUGAAACAGUACAAAUAUGAUAUCGAUUUAGUAGACAAUCCAAAGUUACCAAUAUGCCCGGCACGUAAAAUUCCCCACACCAUAAGACAAAAAGUAAAAGAUGAGUUGGAUAGCAUGGUGGAACAGAAAAUAAUUAAACCAGUGACAACGCCUACACCAGCCGUUUCACCUAUGGUUGUGGUGAAGAAAAAUGACAAAAUAAGACUGUGCCUAGAUCCCUCAGAUAUAAACAAAAAUUUAAAAAGAAGACAUUACCCACUUAAUACUCUGGAAGAAAUUGCUGCCAGAAUUCAUGGCUCGAAAUGGUUCACACUGCUAGACUGUAGAAAAGGAUUUUGGCAACUGAAAGUGACACCCCGCACAUCAGAGUAUCUCACAUUCAGUACACCAUUUGGAAGAUAUUCUUGCUUAAGAAUGCCCUUCGGGUUGGCAUCAGCUCCAGAAGUCUUCCAGCAAGUUAUGAGCUCACUCUUAGCAGACUUGGAAAAUACAGAGGUGUCAAUGGAUGAUGUACUUCUACAUGCUGCAUCUAAAGAUGAAUUAGAGAAGACUACACAUAAAGUACUGGAAAAGUUUAGAAAUGCAGGUCUUAAACUUAAUAAGGAAAAGUGCGUAUUCAGUAGACAAGAAGUCAAAUUUCUGGGCCACAUAGUAACUAGCGAAGGCUUAAAGCCCGACCCGGAAAAAAUAGAAACCAUCACAAAAAUCAAGAGACCGGAAAAUAUAAAAGAAUUGCAACGGUUUCUAGGAUUAAUUACCUACUUGUCAAAAUUCAUAAAAAAUAUGGCAGACAUUACCAGCCCCCUCAGACAAUUAUUACACAAAGAUGUAGAAUGGGUUUGGGAUCAACCACAAGAAGAGGCGUUCACCAAAUUAAAAGAGCUGUUAAAAAACCCACCUGUUCUGGGAUUUUAUGAUCCUCAAGCGCCAAUUUUGCUCUCAGUUGAUUCUAGUAGUUAUGCCUGUGGUGGUGUAAUGAUUCAAAAAGAAAAACCUAUUGCCUACUGUGCUAAAUCUUUCACUAAAACUGAGCAAGGCUACAGUCAAUUGGAAAAAGAGGCCAAUGCGAUCUUAGUGGCUUGUAAAAAAUUCCAUAACUAUAUCUGGGGCUGCAAGGACUUGACAAUAGAAUCUGAUCAUAAACCUUUGGAAACAAUUUUCAAAAAACCACUUACCAGUGCACCACCAAGACUGCAAAGAAUGUUAUACCAGAUUUUGCCAUAUAAUCCCAAGGUGACAUAUAAAAAGGGUUCGGAGAUGUAUGUAGCCGACACUUUGAGUCGAGAUUGUGAGAAGCUAACCUGCGAAGAUGUUAACUCAGAAAACUUGCAAAUAUGUGCGAUUGUGCCAUUUUCAAAAAACCGUAGAGAAGAAAUCAAACAAGAAAUUGAAAAUAGCACAUGUGCAAAAGUACAAAAAGAUAAUCCAAUGGAGCCUAUUGUUACACAAACAGCACCAGAACGCCCUUGGAGUCUCGUGGCAACGGAUUUAUUUCAUUUGAAAGGCAAAGACUAUAUAGUGAUAGCAGAUGGCUACUCAGGUUUCUUUGACCUUAAGGAACUGAAAAGAGUUACCAGCCUUGACAUAAUUGACAAUCUGAAAUCUUGGUUUGCGACAUUUGGAAUUCCAGAUAUACUAUUGACUGAUGGUGGUAAACAAUAUGACUGCCAAGAGUUUAGACAAUUCAGAAAGGAAUGGAACUUUGAACACAGAAUAUCAAGUCCACACUUUCCACGCUCCAACGGAUUAUCGGAACGCUAUGUUCAAGAAGCUAAAAACUUAAUGAAAAAAUGUAUGGAAGACAACACAGACUUACAAUUAGCGUUACUGCAUCACAGGAACACACCCAGACUAGAUCUUGGGUCACCAGCACAAAGGAUGUUUAAUAGAAGGACUAAAACCUUACUUCCUACAAACAGUAAACUCUUUAUACCAAAAAUAAUAAGAAAUGUCACUAAACAAUUACAAAAUAUUAAAGAAGGAGAAAAGAAAUAUGCAGACAGAGGAAAAAAGGUAAAUAAAGAGUUUGUGAGUAAUGAAAAUGUGAUGCUACGAAAAGGUCAUCAAAACUGGGUCCCAGCAAAAAUAGUGACAGAAGAAGGCCACCGAGCCUAUAAAGUAGAAACUGAUGAUGGUGCAAUUUAUAAAAGAAACUCCUGGCACCUAAAACCGACAGCCAAUUCUACAGAGCUGGCCACAGAAGCCCCAGAGCCAGGAACAGAAGAUCCAGACACUGUUGGACAGCCAUCAUCUAUAGACCAGUCACCAGUCCCUGUAGGGCAGCCGUCACCCAUUUCACCAGCAAAACCCACACUGACUGUGCAGAGUCCAGAACGGCCGCUGCUGACAGCUCCUCAAACUAGAAGUACUCGCAGUGGGCGGCUAGUGAUCACGCCUGCUAGAUAUCGCUGA